AUGGGGAAGCAGAGAUCACUGAGGAGCAAAGCAGUUCAUUUUGUGUCUGAUCUCACCACUGGCCUUCUCAACCCUAUCUCUGAUAAGCCUUCUUCGAACAACCAUCCUCUCCCUUCAUCUCAACCUGAAAAUCAGGGCGACCAGAAAACAAGUUCUCUAGAAUGGAUCACUGAAGAAGAGAAUGAAGAUCUACUUAAUGGGCCAGAUACAUCAUCGUUCAAGGCAUUUCUCUAUUCUUUGUUGUCUGCUUCAGAGCCUGGAAGCAAAGCUGAAUCAGAUGCUGAAAAUGAACAUGAAGGAGGACUGGGUGGGGAUCAACCAUCAGACAGUGAAACGAAAGGGAACACAGGGAAGAAAGGUUUGCUAUCUAAGGGGAAACAAUCUCUUAGAAACGUGUACCAAUUCACUAGAAUCAGUGGGUAUUGGGGUCAAGAGCGUAAGGGUGAAUCUAAGUCCAAGUUUGUUAAUGAGGGUCCUGAUAGCUUUGAUGGACUUGAGAUGAAGGACAUGCUGCCAAGUGGGAACCCGCCUGCUGCUUUAGAGCACCUUCCUGACAUUUCUGAACCUUCAUUACUUCUCUCAGAAAAGACAAGGAUGGUGCUCUAUGCUUCACUUCCUGCUCUUGUUAAAGGGAGGAAAUGGUUGUUGCUGUACAGUACCUGGAGGCAUGGGAUUUCGCUCUCAACUUUAUAUAGAAGAAGCAUGCUCUGGCCUGGUCCCAGUCUGCUGGUUGUUGGAGACAGAAAAGGUGCUGUUUUUGGUGGUUUGGUUGAAGCACCACUCAGACCAACAAACAAAAAGUAUCAGGGCACAAAUAGGACCUUUGUCUUCACAAAUACAUCUGGAAAUCCCGUUAUAUUCCACCCUACUGGUGCAAAUCGAUAUUACACUUUGUGCUCGACUGACUUUCUAGCAGUUGGUGGUGGUGGCCACUUUGCGCUGUACUUGGACAAUGAACUGUUAAACGGAUCGAGUUCAGUGUCAGAAACAUACGGAAACCCUUGCCUCGCAUUCUCACAGGACUUUGAAGUGAAAGAGGUGGAGUUGUGGGGGUUUGUGUACGGUACGAAGUACGAUGAACUACUUGCUGCCAGUAAAACGGAGGCUCCUGGUAUUUGCCGAUGGUGA